AUUUAACAGCUUCUCCUCCGUCCGCAAUGAGCGCACUUCUGAACGCGCUGACCAGCGACUCUCACGUGGAGCUGAGUCAGUACCGAGACCAGCAUUUUCGGGGAAGUCGAUGCGACCAGGAAAGGCUCCUCCGAAAUAGCUGCACUCUCUAUGUUGGGAAUCUGUCAUUCUACACCACAGAGGAACAAAUCUACGAACUCUUUUCAAAAAGUGGUGAUGUGAAGAGGAUUAUUAUGGGUUUGGACAAGAUCAAGAAAACCUCGUGUGGGUUCUGUUUUGUUGAAUAUUACACUCGAACAGAGUCUGAAAACUGCAUGAGGUUUAUUAAUGGUACACGCCUGGAUGAUCGCAUUAUCAGAACGGACUGGGACACAGGCUUUAAAGAAGGCAGACAGUUUGGGAGAGGAAAGUCCGGGGGUCAGGUCCGUGAUGAAUACAGGACGGAUUUUGAUGCGGGCAGAGGUGGGUUUGGUAAACUGGUGCAGAUGCAAAGAGUUCCAGAACCAAGACAGAAAUUCUAGAACGUAUGGUAACUGAACCAAACCGCGAAAUAUCAGAAGCUCCCUCACGGAGAUGUGUGAGCUAAUGCAAUGCACGCUGAACAUGCUGCUGUGUGUCUGCAGAGUUCAUAGUUUUCUAUUCCUACUAAAACCUGCCCCUUUUCUAUAUUGACAAAGUUGUGUCCAACUUCUGUGAGGUGAAACAGCUUUGGUUCAGACAUUUUGAUUAAAUUAUCAUUUUUGUAUUAAUGGCAAUAAAAAUGAAGAAGAAACACCUAAUCGUUAUUAGUCAUAUUCAAAGUAUCAUUUGACACAGCACCACUGGUCCAGGCAGCUUACACAGAAACAUUUCAGGAGAAGAAUCCUUAAUACCUCUUUUUAUUUAUGCAUCUAAUAAAUGCAUUUUCAGCCUGUAAUUACUGCAUUACAGUACAAUUGGCGUAAAUGAGUUCAGCUGCCAUUUGUAAAUUGUUUUAAAUACUGACAUUGCUCAAUGUGCGUUAACUAAUGAACUUCUUUGACAUAAUUGGCUGCCAUGUUUGCCCAGAAAAUACACAGUCACUACACUUUACAGUACAUCCUGUGAGACUCAAUGAUGUGAUAAGGCGCUAUUUCAAAUGCAAGAUUUAUCACUGUUAUAACUUGUGCAGCCAAAUGCAGGAAGCUUAAUCUGUGGUACAAACAGCAAUACAAAGAAUGACUAAAUCUAUAUUUUGUUGAAUUUGCAUGAAGGAGAUAUGUUGGUCAAGAUGUUGGGAAAACAUGUUACUUUUCCAAAUAAUGAAAUGUUUAAUGUCCACUGGAACCUUGAUCUCAGCAGAGAUGGUACAUCCAACAGUGCAGCACAAUGUCAGUACAGUUUAGAAUGGUAGUCCAAAUAAGCUCUAGUCCUACAACUUGACUCAGAGGUACGAGUGCUAUAAACAAAGCAAACCUGACACAUUUAUAUUCUGUAUUCUACAAAGCAACUUCUAAAUGUGUUCCUCUGCAGUUUUUCUUUGAGAUUAGAUCACAAAAGGCCCAUUAUGCAGUAUUUUGUAUUGAAGGUCAGUGUUUAUGAAUUAUGAGUGCAAAGAAACAAGAAAACUGAAAGUUCUUAUUCUGACACUUAAGUCUCCACAUUUGUAGCAACUCUUUGUGAGAAGAGAUGGAAUCUUCGAUUUGUAAAUAGAUAUAGCUAAAAUUUCUGGAAUGAACAAUGAUUGUCACUGGUCAUCUGUAGAAACAGUAGAUCUAUAUCUAGUAUAUGGAGUCCUGUAGCUCAGUGGUUAGAGCACUCGCUUUGCAAUUGAGACCUGAGUUCAUUUCCAGGCAGAGGGCGAAACCUUGGGCAAGUUUCCUUACUCCACACGCCUGAUAAUAAUCCCUCCAAAAAACAAAACAAUAAUAAAUUGGUCAUUUUCAAUCCAUGACUGUUUGUGGGACAUUGCUGUGCGCAAUUGGCUGCCGCGUUCGCCCAAAAAUAUAGUCAUUUCACUUUACAGUAUAUUCUGUGAACCGCUUUGGGACGUCUAGAAGACGUGAAAAGCGCUAUAUCAAAUGCAAGGAUUAUUAUUAUAUUAUACUUAAGGGCAUUUAUGGCCCUCCUGCUGGCUCAGUUAAAUCCACUUCUGUACUAGGACAGAUAGAACAAUGUGCCAGGUUUCAUCCUUAAUUCAUGCUGUGCUUGCUGUCCAGUGACUGCUGGAUGUUGCUCAGGUUACAGAAUCUUGUAUGUAAUGUUGCAAUUUUUGACAGGAUGUUUCACUUGAUAAUCAAUAAAUGUCUGGUUUGAUAACAUGGAAAUAUUUGUAGCUGAGAUAUAAAAGUUCCCUUCAACCUUU